AUGCCACUUAAGACAAGUGCAGUUCCCUCGAUAUUUGCUCAGAAGCAAACUCAAUCGUGCAAGCGGCCGCCCCCUAACGAAACGCCCUAUCAACGACAGCGAAAAGAGGGGGAAUCUGUCCCCGAAAGAGGGUCUUUUUCAGUAUCUUCGGAGCCUGAAAUACUAAUCAGCAAAAUACCUGAAGCAGCAAACAGUAUUCCUGAAACAGGUAAUAACGAAACCAUCUUAGAGAUCACCAAUCCCGGCCCUAGUGAAAUGCCUUCCACUGAAAAGGAUCUGAAUGAGGUCCUCAAACAAUUAAGGCUACUUGGACAAAAAUACGCAGAUCUCAAAAACAAAAAGUUUCAGAUUUGA